GAAGUUCAUCAUGGACAAAUUGACUUGGUAGUUGACCUAUAAAUUCAAGAAUAUGCUCAUAGUUAGUACUAACUAUACUACCUCUAUAUAAUGGGACAUUCACAAGUUAUAAAAGUAUAAUGAAAAUUAUUAGAUAUUAAGGAAACACAAAUCCAUUGAGUACUAGUCUUUUAAAAAUAUUGCAUACCCUUGCCAACAAAUCCAACAAUGGAAAUUGUUGUCUUGUUAUUCAUCAUAUCAUUAUUGUUAUCCUUAAGCCAACCUUUUACAGAGGCACAACUUGUUGGAGUAUGCUAUGGAAGAAUAGCAGACAACUUACCGAUGGAAAAAGAUGUGAUAGACCUCUACAAAUCCAACGGUAUAGGAUUAAUGAGACUCUAUGAUCCUGAUCUAAUGGCUCUCAAGGCCCUACAAGGAUCAAACAUCAAACUCAUGCUAGGAGUUCCUAACGAAAAGAUUCAAUCUUUUGCAUCAUCCAAUCAAUUAGAUGCAAUGCAGUGGAUUGAAACAUACGUGGCACCAUUCGCACCAUCGAUCAAAUAUAUAGUUGUGGGGAACGAAAUUCAUCCGUCCGAUCAUCAAUCAGUAUUUGUUGAACCAGCCAUGAAAAAUGUUCUUAAAGCAUUGAAUUCUUAUAAAUUAAGUAAUCAAAUUAAGGUUUCUACGUCCAUUGAUACAACCUUAAUUAUAAAUUCAUAUCCACCAUCUAACGGUCAAUUUAGUGACACGUCAUAUUCAUAUAUUACCCCAAUAAUUAAAUUUUUAACAAAUAAUGAAUCUCCAUUAUUGGUUAAUAUUUACCCUUAUUUUGCUUAUGUUGGAAAUGAGCAAAGUAUUAGUCUUAAUUACGCAUUAUUUACUUCUAAUGGAACCGUGGUUAAUGAUAAAGGGCUAAACUAUCAAAACUUAUUUGAUGCGAUGGUGGAUUCAGUGUAUGCGAGUCUAAGAAAAGUUGGUGCACCUGAUAUGAAGAUUGUUGUGUCGGAAACUGGAUGGCCAUCCAAGGGUGGAGAUGCUGCCACGGUGGAAAAUGCAGAGAAUUAUUAUAGAAAUUUGUUGAAGCAUGUAAAGAAUGGAACUCCAUUGAAACCACAGGAAAUUGAAACUUAUUUGUUUGCCAUGUUUGAUGAGAAUAAGAAACUGGGGCCUGAUUCAGAGCGUAAUUUUGGACUUUUUACUCCUGAGAAGUAUCCAAAAUACGGCAAACUCAACUUUAUUUGAUAACUUUUCAGAUAGUUGGUGAUCAUAAUUUUUAUGAGUGAAAUUUAAUUUUAUGUUGCAUUUUGAAUAUGUUUAAGGUUAUAUUGUUUCUCUCGUAUUUUUAAUAUUUUGUGUUUUGAUGAUAAAUUUUCUUCGUUGAUAAAUUAAAAGAGCAUCAAUUAUGUGAA